AUGCCACCUCGAGGGUGUGGAAUAAGACGUAGUGGAGGACGACCCCCUAUUAAGAGACGUAUGGUAGUAAGGAGCCCGACUCAAAAAGGAGCGGUGAAUUGGAUAGGCCCAGCGACCCCACCCUCAGCUGCACCACCUCCGGCAUUGCCUCUAGUUGGACUCGAUCAGGCCACAGUCACCUUGAUGUGGGAGAUGUUUCACGCUAUGUUGCAGACCAUGGUGGCUAUACAACAGGCACAAGUGGCCAACAGCUCGACGACAACUCGAGAGACGAGAUACCUGCGAGAUUUCAAGAGGUAUGACCCCCGCAUCUUUAAUGGGGCCUCUGAAGAUCUGAUAGUGGCAGAAUUAUGGCUAUCAUCAAUAGAGACAAUCUUCUAUUACAUGAACUGUCCUGAUGACUUGAAAGUGUCAUUAGCAUCGUUCAUGCUACGGGACGAUGCAGAAAUAUGGUGGGAGUUCACUCGGGAGGUCCUCAGCCCUGAUGGAGGUGUGAUCUCAUGGCCACAAUUCAAGGAGGCCUUUUGGGAAGAGUAUUACUCCGAAGAAGCACGACUUCAGAAGCAACAAGAGUUCACUCAAUUGACGCAGAACGGGCGCUCUGUCGGCACCUAUGGGAAAGAUUUUAUAAGGUUGAUGCGAUUUGCCCUAGAGUUGGUGGACACAGAGAUCAAGAAGGUGCAGAGGUUUAUCUUUGGCUUGGAUGAAGAAAUUCGCUGCAUUGUUGGGGCUAUAGCGCCUACUACUUAUGAUGAUGCCCUGAGGUCCGCCACGGCUUUGGAAGGGGACAGUGUUGAGGAACUUUGGAGGCCAAUAGUCCUAACACCCGUAGUAGGACAAAAGCGACAUUAUGACCAGGUUGCACAACAUCAUCAGCCACUAAUACAACCACAACAACAGGUGGGCAGGUACCACAAAAAACCGAAACGUGGCCAACAACCAGGUCGACAAAGAGGCAGAGGAGACUAUAAACCAUUGUGUUGUGAGUGUGGCAAAAACCAUUGGGGACAAUGUUUGGCACGGUCUGGAGCGUGUUUUAGGUGUGGCCAACAGGGUCACAUCUCGAGAAACUGCUUGGGGAGGACCGUCGAGCACCUUGUUAACUAG